AUGUCUUCCCCGCACUCACCAAUCAAGCGACUGUUGGUCGCCAACAGGUAUGAAUUCAUUAACCGACCCAUUCCACAAGUCUUUUCUGAACAAGAACAUAGAGGAGAGAUCGCCGUUCGGAUCCUACAGGCGGCAAGGGAAUUACCCAACCAAGUAGAGACAUACGCACUCUACACAGCCGACGACAAAACACACUGUGAUCUAGGCCGUCCUCGACAAGCAAUCCAAAUCCCCUCAGCAGCCACCUACCUCGACAUAGCCCACCUAGUAGAUCUAGCGCGCAAGCAUUCCAUCGACGCCAUACACCCAGGCUAUGGCUUCCUCGGUGAAAGCGCCGAGUUCGCCGAGCGGAUGUGGCACGAAGCCGGCGCAAUCGUCAUAGGACCAGGGUGGGAGAACCUCGCCCGAACAGGCGACAAGCUUCAAGCAAAGCAGCUUGCACAACAAUGCGGUGUUCCCGUUCUAGAAGCUAUGGCGCGGGCCACCGCUAGCGUCGAGGAAGCUGGCACUUUUGCUCGCACUGUUGGGUUUCCUGUUAUGAUUAAAGCCGUUGAUGGGGGUGGCGGUAGGGGCAUUCGACUUGUGCGUGAAGAGGCUGAGUUGGGAAAUGCCAUUCAUCGUGCCAUUGGGGAGUCGCCGUCGCGUACAGUGUUUGUUGAGAAGGCUGCUGUUGAUGGAUUUCAUCAUGUUGAGAUUCAGAUUGUUGGUGAUGGGACGGGGCAGGUGAGGCAUCUGUGGGAGCGGGACUGUAGUGCUCAACGGCGGUUUCAGAAGGUUGUUGAGUGUGCCCCUGCUUUGAUGGAUCGGGGGUUGGUUGGGAGGGUGAUUGACGCCGCGAUGAAAAUGGCAAGUCACAUUCGCUAUAAGUCGCUUGGGACGUUUGAGUUUUUGGUCAGUGAAUUACAUGGCGAGUUCUAUUUCUUGGAGGUCAAUCCUCGUCUUCAGGUUGAGCAUACCAUCACAGAAUCUAUCAGUGGGAUAGAUCUGGUGCAGACACAGCUUUUGUUAGCGCAGGGUUACACGUUUGAGCAGUUGAGUCUCGGCGAUGCAACCCACGCAUUCGACGCUCCACCCAAGUCCUUCUCGAUUCAGCUCAGAAUAUGUGCUGAGGACCCCAGCAACAAUUUCGCUUUGAGUAUCGGCAAGGUGACUCGGUUCGAUGUUCCAAGCGGAAACGGAGUACGAGUUGAUACAAACGUGAACCUCAGCGGUUCCUCGUUGAUCGUGGGAUCCAAUUUCGACAACCUAUUAGCGAAGAUCAUCGUCACGGCAGCAACCUGGGAAGCAACAGUGAGAAAAGCCCAGCGGGUGUUGGCUGACUCCCGGAUAGACGGGGUGAAAACCAAUAUCGGCCUUCUUCGGGGAAUCGUGGCCCAUCCCGACUUCAUGUCCGGCAGAGUCGAUACACAAUGGCUCGGACUGAAUCUUGAGUCGGCCCUGCAGUACGGGGAGACCAUAUCGAACCUUUUACAGACGCAAGAGGGAUCUACCGCCCCUUCGCAGGCCAUGACACGGAACACACUGCCGGCAUCUAAUUUAUUAUUCCGAAAGGGAGAUGCAUGGUCCAUCACAUUAGAGCCACUUUCAAAGGGCGGCCAACAAGCAGACCCAGUAUCUCACCAUCUGCUCCUGUCCCGGGUACUGCGCAACGAGUUCCCCACCUCUCUCGCCGCUGAGAUCGAGUAUACUACACCUACAUCCCGAACGGCCAUCCCCUACCGGAUGAAACUCGAAACAACCUCAACAGCUGCGUCAGCGUUAGUCUCCUCCUCGCGACGAGGCGAUGUCAAAAAUCCCCAGCAUAUCGUCCUCCCGCUCUCUGGCAAAUUGAUCGAGAUCCUCGUGGCAGAGGGCGAAGAUGUUGCCGAGAACCAGGUUCUUGCUUUCGUCAAGCAGAUGAAGAUGGAGCUGGAGGUACGCAGCCCUCGUGCUGGACGGGUGAAAUGGGUUUAUGAAAUGGAGGAUGAGGAGGAAGAUGUUGCAGAGGGGAUGUUGUUAGUUGAAUUGGAGCCGAGUGGUGGCCAUGUAGAAGUAAGAGGGAAGUUAUAG